AUGAGGGUCCACAUCUCGCGGGACUACACCGCCCCUGCGCUCGUGUUGUCUAUGGUGUUGACCUCAUCUUCGCGCAGAUCUCGCGAUGAUUGUUCACUGACGGGGUUGGAAAUGGAGUCGGAGGGGGCGGGGUGCAGCAGGAGGGAGCAGAGAUCUGCUGCUGUAGCCCGGAGCGGAGCAACGGUCGUCGGCUUUAGCUUUAGCCCGCUCUCCGAGCGACGCCUGGCCGCCCUGACUUCCACACAACUCCCCGGGAAGUCGGGCCGGGACCCGGCGGCUGGGUGUCCGACCGGCGGAGUGUCCAACCGCCCGCCUCCGUCAGACAGCCAGCCAGGCAGAGAGGAGGGAGAGGAGGGAGCUGUCGACCCCCAGCCCCCCCCCAGAGAGAGAGACCGGUCCCACAGCAAGACCAAGAAGGCCCGUCGGCGCCAUGGCGACCGAGGGGCGGAGCCCACCGCCGCCGUGCUGCAGCCACAGGCGGGUGGCGAGCCCCCGACCCAGGCGUCUGAGCCGGCGGUGGCGGGCCCCUCGGAGCCGGGCUCGGAGUCGGCCGCCGGCAGCGAGUCGGCCGGUUCCCCCAGGCAGCGGCGCUCCGUCAUCCGGGACCGCGGCCCGCUGUACGAUGACCCGUCGCUGCCCGAAGGCUGGACCCGCAAACUCAAACAGAGGAAGUCCGGCCGCUCGGCGGGGAAGUUCGACGUCUAUUUGAUCAACUCGGAGGGAAAGGCGUUCCGAUCCAAGGUGGAGCUCAUCGCCUACUUUCAGAAGGUCGGCGACACGACCACAGACCCCAACGACUUUGAUUUCACGGUCACCGGGCGCGGAAGCCCCUCCCGCCGCGAGAAGCGCCCCCCCAAGAAAACCAAGGUGGUGAAACCCUCGGGGCGAGGCCGGGGGAGGCCCAAAGGCAGUGGGAAGAUGCGGCAGGCUACCGAGGGCGUGGCCAUGAAACGUGUGGUUGAGAAAACUCCGGGCAAACUGCUGGUCAAGAUGCCCUUUGGCAAGGCAGAGUCCUCCACCGGCACCACCUCCACUGCCGCAAAGGUGGCGUCUCCUGUCCUGGUGCCCAAGUCCCGUCCCGGGAGAAAGAGGAAAUCGGAACAGGAGCUUCCAGCCCCGCCUCAGACCACCCCGAAGAAACGGGGCAGGAAACCAGCCUCGGUCUCCGCGGCGUCCUCACCGGUCGCCACGGCACCCACCUCCACGCUCCAUCCGUCGACCUCCGGCAGCUCGGCGGCGGCGAGCUGCGCCGCGGCGGCCAUCUUAGCCGCCGAAGCUAAGCGGAGAGCGGCUAAGAUGGAAACAGCCCUGCCGAUCAAAAAACGCAAAACGAGAGAGACGGUGGAGGAGAGGGAGAUCGUUCCCGCGCCGGCCGCCGCUACGACAACCGAGACCACCGAGAGACGGGUUACCGUAGAGACGGAGGAGGCAACGGGCAAAGGGGAGGAAGCUCGGACCUCGGAGCCUCAGCCCGCACCGACGUCUGAGAAGAGCCAGUCGCAAACGCAGAAGCAGCCGAGCGCUUCCGACGAAAGCCAACCGCGCGGACACAAGGCGCACAAAGGCAGGAAGCACAAGGAGAAAUCGGGAAUAUCGGCCGGAGACGGAAGGAGCCGAGGCCAGGACGUAGGGGAGGAUGUGGGAGACAAGGGAGGAGAGGGGGGGAGAAGUAGCAGCAGCAGCAGCAGUAGCAUUAGCCCGUCCAAAAGCCACAAAAGGAAGGAGCGGCCGCCUCACAAACACCAUCAUCAUCACCACCACCACCGGCAUCAUCGCCACCAACAUUCCUCUGCAUCGCCGAUGGACCUGGCUCCUCCUCCUCCUCCUCCUCCUCCUCCUCCUCCUCCUCCUCCUCCUCCUGCACCCUCCAGCCAGUCCAGACCAGACGUCAAGCCCCAGACUGUGCCUCAGCUCACCGCCCAACAAUUGCAGCACGCCCAGCAAGCUCCUCCCAAACCGCAGUCGCAGUCCGCCUCUGAUCCUCGGCAUCAUUCCCCUCAACAACGCCCCCAGCCCCAGACCCAGCCCCAGCCCCACCCCCAGCCCCAGACCCAGCCCCGUUCCCAGCAGCACCCCCCCCAGUCUCCCAGCCAGCCCCAAGCCAAGCCUCGGUACCCAGCCUCCCAGCCCUCUCCUACCAGGCACGCCUUGCCCCAGCCGCGGUCCCAACAACCCCAAACCCACAGUCACACCCAGGCCUCCCAGCAAAAACCCCAAUCUGUUCAGCCUGUUCACUCCCUAACCCCGCACCAAACCCAGCUUCAGGCUCAGCACGCUCCACCUCAGUCCCCAUCGUCCAUCCUGCACGUUCGUCCGCCCCAAGCGAGGCACCCGCAUCCGCAGACCCAGCCUCCCGCUGUGCUCCAGCCUCAGACGCAGCAGCCCAGGUACCCGUCUCAACACCAAGCCCCCCGGCUCAAACAACAGUCCCAACCCCAGCCGCGGCAGUCACCGCAGCAUCACCUCCAACUCCAACCGCAGGCCAGGACCGCAGCGCAAACUCCGACUCAAUCCCAAUACAGAAUCCCAGCGCAGACUCCGACUCAGCCGCAGUCCAGAUCCCCCGCUCAAACUCAGCCUCAACCUCAAGCCAGGAACGCAGCGCAAACUCCGACUCAGCCGCUGCUGUCCAGAGCCGCGGUCCACCCGCACCUGCAGCCCCAGCCCCAGAUGAGACACCCAUCAUCUCAGCAACACCAACUCCAGACUCAAUACAGACCGCAACCCAGACACUCCGUCUCCGUCUCUCAGCCGAGGCCGCCGCAGUCCCAAGCACAACCGCGCCCACACUUUCAGCGGGUCCAAUCGCAGCCCAGACCUCCCCAGCUCCCUCAGCUCAGCAGGCCCCACGUCAACGUGCAGCAGCAGCAGCAGCACCUCUCGUCGCACCGAUCGUCUCCCAGCCUGACCGGCGGGACCAACCUGGCCGGCAGCGCGCAGCCCAACCAGAGCAGCGAACAGCCCCAAGAUCUGAGCACCACGCGGCCGAGAAGCCGAGAGCUCUGCAGCGGCGGCGGCGGCGGCGGCAGUAGUAGUGUUGUUGUUGUUGGCGUCGAAGGCAUCAGGGCGGCAGAAGGGAGAGCAGAGCCGGCCCAAAGCAGAGAGGUUUUAAGCGGAGAAAGGGGGUCGAACAGCAACUCGAGGCCUCCUCCCAGCGCAUUGGCUUCUGAGUCGGGAGUCGGGGGUCUGGUUCCCGGGCCCAGACUCCGGGCAGAGCCGGACGCAGCGGGAGAAGGCCGGGAGCUCAGAGACAUCGUACCGCAGUCCGCCGUCCCCUGUCCCAGCCGCGAGGAAACCGUAGAGUCACGGACUGCCGUCAGCGAACGAGUCAGCUGAUCGGUCGGUUGCAGAUGAGCCGGCAGGUUGGUCGGUUGGACUUUUUUGUCGGACGGACGGACGGAGUCAGCCACCAGGUUGGGGAGAAGAAGGAGAAGAAGAAGAGGAGGAGGAGGAAGAGUGUGACCGCGCUGUUCACGGAGGUUUUAAUGAGUCGUUAGAUGGAUGGAUUAGCGUCACACAGCGCUGGCCUGGCCUCGGUGGACUCGGUAAAGUUCGGGAUUUUGAGAGCCAACAUGGCGCUGAGGGACAGCUGGAGAAGAAG